AUUAUGACCUUUCGUGAGAGCCGCAAGCCGCACUCCGCGCGUGGCCGUGACGCCUCAUCUCGAUGGAGAGCCUCCACUCUUCAAUGUACUGAGGUUGAUGUCUAGGGAAACGGUACAGAGGACAGACACAGAACCGACAACCCCGUCCUCCCGUAUCAUAAACGCAAAUUCACGUAUUCCAUUGCUACCCGUAUGUAUCCGCACCAGCACCUGGAUGCAACACCACCAAAUCGCAAAAGAAAAGAACAGACGAAUACGGUCGGACCUCGCAUCACAGACAAAACCAGUCCAGGUGGCCCCAAACUUCCUUCCGCCUCGUCCUCGUCUUUACCCGUCUUCCCGUCCUCCAAGACUCCAGCUCUGUCCUCUACUUGUUCCGUGCAUGCAUCCAGAAGAACUUGUCAAGAUCUCCUCUCUCUCUACCUAUCGAAAUCUUUCGGCCUCCGCGUUUCAUCCCGUCUUUUUCGACGAGUAUCGGCUGGUCGGAUCUUUUUCGAGACCGCCACUUUGGGAUGUGACGGUGAUGUGAUGUCGUUGUACGGAUACGGGGGGCGUCUACAAUGGCUAUGGAAGUACGGAUACCUACUCCGUAUACCAUUUGCCUUUCCACAAAUCUAUAGAGGUUCGAACCUUUUUUGCUUCAGCUGCAGCUCACAGAAAGCUGCGAACAUCAGGCCACGCGGUUAUCAAGACUACUGGCUGCCAGUCUGCCACAGCCACUCAAGGUUAAACAUGCCAGAUGAAAGAUCCAUCAAAUCAAUAUUGCAAUUACCCUGCUGUCUGCACCGUUUAGCGUUCGCGCUUGCUGCCGUGUCUUCAGGCACAGUCAGAGGUGCAGGGAACAUGCCGAGCAAGACAGGAAUUGCAUGAGAGGGCCCUUUACGUGCAUGAGACCGUUUGCUCUAUUAGUGUGCAGGUAAGCAGAUUCAUGCAAUUAAAGGAACGGAACCUUGGAGAUCUCACCCGAGUAU